UUCCGCUUCACAGACAGCUGAUGCAUGGCUGCUCCGCUUCUGCUCACACUCAUUUAAAUGUCGCAGAAUUAGUCCGGGGUUAGUGUGUUUCAACUCGGUUGCAGUAUAAACAUGUUGCACAUGGAGAGGAUCUCGCUGUUGUGGUGUUUCGGCCAGGCUGCGUUUCUCCUCGCGUCGUGUUUCAGCGACAUGGACGGCGGGCCCGGCGCGGCCGCGGCCCCGCAGGCUGCCGGCGGCGGGGACCGCUUCAAGAUCGAGGGCCGGGCCGUGGUUCCCGGCGUCAAGACGCAGGACUGGGUGUCCACGGCCAGGGUCCUGGUGGAGGGGGAGGAAUACGUGGGAUUUGUGAGGACUGAUGGGACUUUUGCGGUGAACGACGUUCCACCAGGAUCUUACGUUGUGGAAGUUGUUGCCCCAACUUUCAGAUUUGAACCAGUGCGUGUUGACAUCACAUCCAAGGGUAAAAUGAGAGCACGUCUGGUGAACCACAUCAAGACUUCGGAGGUGAUCCGCCAGGCGUACCCACUUCAGAUAAGAUCUAGCGGUCCUAACACCUACUUCAUGAAGAGAGAAACUUGGGGCUGGACUGACUUCCUUAUGAACCCAAUGGUUAUGAUGAUGGUUCUACCCCUGCUGAUCAUUGUAUUGCUGCCCAAAGUGGUCAACACCAAUGACCCAGAGAUGAGAAAGGAAAUGGAGCAGUCCAUGAACAUGCUGAACCCCAACCCCGAGCUGCCGGAUGUCUCUGAGCUGAUGACCAAGCUCUUCUCCGGCUCCAAGGGCUCCAGCAAGGCGGGCAGCAGCAGCAAGGGCACCCGGCCCGCAGCCAAGAGGAGGUAGUACCGUACCUGCAGUACCGUACCUGCCUGAUGACGUCCACCUAAACAAGCUUUGAGAUGGAAGCAAGAUUUUUAAGUUUAACCCCACCCCCCCCCCCCUCCCCGCCUCUGGGUUUGUUGUACAAAUUUCUUCAUUUGUAGAUACUAUUGGAAACUGAGCUACGAUUUUUUUUUUUUUUUUUUUUUUUUUUUUUUCUUCAUACUGCACUGAUAAAUAUUGCUCCAUAAAGCUAUUAUUCUUCCUCUUCUCCUCAAACAUGUAACUUCAUGUAACUGUAUCACUCAUCUGCGUUUUCUGUGCUAACUCCAUCCUGUAUUUUCCCACAGCUGCUAAUUCCACAACCUCAAAGAGAGCAUAUAUACAUAUUCAGAGAUUUUUUUUUUUUUUUUUUGGUUUCACUAAUACGACUGUGAAUGAAGAUAAAUUGAAUUUUAAGUGAUACAUUCUUAUUUAAAAAAUCUAGAUAAAUAAAUUGCAAUACAAUAUGAAAA